CAUGUGGUAACCUGUUGGUUUAGUUGUUUGAAGACGUGGAUUGUUUAUUUUAUAUUUAUUUUAACAAUAGGCAAUAAGUCUAGACCUGUAAACUCGAACAUGUGUACUUAGAAGCAAAUUAAGAGCAUAUUUUAGGUUAAUUUCUUAUAUCUAAGUAAUAAAGUAAAUAUAUCUAAGAUAAGCAAAGAAAAAUCUUCAACAUUUUGUGGUGGCUCUCCGCAGUAAAGAGUGGCCCAUUUUUGAGGUCAUUCUUUAAAUACUGCAAGAAGAUGAUAUUAGAAGGAUCUCAAGAGAAGAGACAUUCUCUUACCCACGAGAAUGUUGAAAUUCGAACACGCAGGUCUAGUGCAUUGGAUAAAGAAGCUUUGGGAUUGUUCAAUACAAGAGCAUUUACAUUUCUUGUCCUCUGGUAUUUCUUCAGUGCCUGCACUCUGUUUCUGAACAAAUACAUUCUGGCAACACUGAAGAGUGAUCCUACACUGUUGGGAGCAAUGCAGAUGGUAAUGACCACCGUGUUUGGCUUUAUUCAGAUGUACUUGCCUCUAGGAAUGUACACACCAGUCAGCAGAGAAGGCAAGCCUCCAAACUUUUGGAGGAACAUGAUGCUAGUGGGAACAAUGAGAUUCUCUACUGUUGUCCUUGGACUUGUUGCUUUGAAGUUUGUUGCAGUUUCCUUUACAGAGACAGUGAAGAGCUCUGCACCUUUGUUCACUGUCUUCAUUUCCAACAUUUUGAUUGGAGAGUACACAGGACUGUACACUUUUCUCUCCCUUAUACCAAUCAUGUUAGGGCUAGGGCUAUGCUCUGCCUAUGAACUCAGUUUUAACAUUCAGGGAUUUCUUGCUGCUAUAGCUGCCAAUUUAACAGAAUGUUUACAGAAUGUCUACUCCAAACUAUUAAUAAGUGGGGAGAAGUAUCGUUACACUCCAGCAGAGCUGCAGUUCUACACAAGUAUAGCCAGCAUAGUUGUUCAGAUCCCAGCCUGCUUCUUUAUGAUGGACUUGGAGAAAGUCCACAGGACACUAGACAUCACAUUGCUGUCUUCUUUGCUUCUUAAUGGAGUCUUCUUCCACUUCCAGUCUAUAACUGCCUAUGUUCUCAUGGGCUACAUUUCACCUGUUACACAUAGUGUUGCCAACACAGUGAAGCGUGCUUUUCUAAUCUGGCUGUCUGUGAUAUUGUUUGGAAACCCUGUAACCUUCCUAAGUGGCCUUGGUACCAUCAUAGUGACCUUUGGGGUCCUUCUUUAUACCAAAGCUAAGGAGCAUGAUCAGAAUCUCUUGGCCUUAAAGGAGAAAUACAAAAAAGAAAUCGGAGACACUGAAAUCUUGGUGCGGCAGGUUUGAUCUUCCACCUAAGGGAGAGCUAAGAGACGUGCUCUAUGUGACUUGCACAUGACAGGGUGUUAAUAUAGCUCAAAUGAUCUUGUUGAUGUUAUCAUUUUUUUAAUCACUCUUGAAUAUUCAUUAAAUGAACAGCAUGCUAGUGAAACUGAUAUGGGAAAUGUUUCAGGUUUUGAAUGGGUCAAAGGAUUUUUGUUUGUUUUAUCUUCCACUGCUGUGAACUCAUGUCGUUAUAAUUUAUCUGUUGUCCUAUUUUAUUUUGCAUUAUAGUUUUGUUUCAUAUCUUUGCUUUAAAAUUAAGAUACUUAUUGACUACAGUCUGUGUGCUUGCUGAACAAGUUUGUUUGUAUACCGGUAUUUCUAAAUUUAAACAAAACAAAACACAGUUCAUUUAGUGUCAAAUAGUUUUUGUAAUAAAUUUUUUUUUUACUAGAAAUAGAAAUAUGAAUAAUACAUUAUCAAUUUAUUUCUAAUUAAAGUGUAAUAGUUUGCAUUUUUGUAAUUGGUACAAAAGUGUAAAACAUGUCGACCAAGCUUAUGGAAUUCUUUGCCUUGUCAAGUUUUUAUCAGUAUUUAUUGAUGGUUACUAUGUACAUUAUUAUAAAAAUUUAUUUUUUUUAACUUCAUUGAUUGUUUACAUAACAAAAAAGACUUGUAUAAUUUCAAAAAGAACAUUAGAUUAAACUAUAGUAAACAGGAAAAGUCACAAUGUGCGUUCUAUAAUUAAAUACCAGUAUCUGAGAUGUUUUUCAUUUUCAUUUGGCUUAUUAGUUGCUUAUUAUUCCUUAACUAUUUCGAAUGAUCUCCUUAGACACAAGUUUGCAUUUGUCACAUUUUGAUUUGCGUUUAGUUCUAAUAGAGAAUGAUUCAGCAGUUGUUAUUGGAAGCAUAAUGUUGUUAACCUCUCUCUCUUUUUCUCUCUCUCGAUAUAUAUAUAUAUAUCAUUUUUUUUUUUUUGUACGUAUGUAUAUAGUUCUAAUUAUCAUUUCUCAAUCUAGUGAACACAGUUCUGAUUAUGACAGACAUUAAGGUAUAAAUAGUGGAUUGUUUUAUGCAUUGGUGGGUAUAAAGGAUAUAAAAGUUGACCGAAUAGGAAAAUUUUAGAAAAGAGGUUUAUGAACCAUGGACAUAAAGUUUCCGUUUAAUUUUCAAAGGGCUAUUAAGUUGAACUCGUCUCAUUUUUGAGGAAAGUGACAGCACCAAUGCUAGUACUUUUUUUUUUUUUUUUGAAGAGUCUAUCCAAGGCUCCAUUUUUCUCUGUUCCAACUCCCUUUACAAAAAUAAUUGUAGUCCCUAACCUGAUCUGAGCUUUGAUCCACCAUUCUCAGCUGACAUCUUGAGUGUUUCUGUUCAUAUUUACUUGUGUGUUAAGCUGUGAGACAUGUAGGCUUAAGAUGGAAUGUAUUUCAAUUUUGACAUGUUAAUAUUGUUGUUUUGAUAUAUUUUACUCUGGGCUGUGAUACUGUCCUUGUGGUUUAGAUCAUCUGAAUGUGGUUAGGAUCUCCUUAUAAAAGCCAUCACUGCUCAAUCUCAUGCUUAAAGUGGUGAAUUCUUUUUUUUUUUUUUUUUAUCAAGGCCUCUGUUUUGUUAACAUUUUAUCUAAAAACUCAAAAAGCACUUUUGAAAAUCUGAUUUCACCUUCAUCCUGCUUUAAGUCAGUGUAAAAUCUACUUUUGGUCUUCCUAAAGCGUAUCAUUUGGUUUUAUAAUUUAAUAUGCUUAUUGUUAGCUUAUAAAUUAACUGUUAUAAAAACAAAGUGAAAUAUGCAGUUUGUCUUAUCUUGGAGCAAAAUUUGACUAUAAAAAAAACUGAUUUCACCAUAGUCACAUUCUUUCUCCUUCAUAUAGCCAGCUGUUUUCUUAAUAAUAGUUUUUUAAAAAUUUUAUUAAUCUCAUGCUAGCUAAUGCUAAUGCAUGGUCACUGUCUUUUGAGACAAUAGAGACAUCAAUUUGUAUGUGAUAUAAUGUGUGACACAGGAGAAGGAUCACCAACAGGAUGCUGUUUACAAGUUAUUAUGGCACACUCUCUUCAUCAAUUUAUUAUUGUUAUUUUUUUUGAUGCUUUCUUUAUUAUUAAAUUCUUUUGUAGUUGGGAAAACUUUUCUUUCGAGUAUUCAAAGACAUUACAUUCAGUUUUGAACAAUGUAAACUGAUCCGAGGUUUGAAAUAAGGGCUUAGUAAGAUUGGCUUGUUAUUACUUGAACACUGACAGAUAAUAUUUCUAGUUUACGUUGAGUUUAGAUGUGUCCCCAUAAAUAAUUUUCCUCAUCUAAACAAAAUUUGUAGUUAGACAUAGUAAAUAAAUAAAAGGGCUCUUGUUAUGUUUCUUAUCUGGCAGAAGUCCCGUAUAUCAUAUUCAUUGUUAAAAGUUCAACUACUAUUGUACAUUAUUGAGUAUUGUAGUGAUUGUAACCAUCUUGCAAACUAUUUAGAUCACCUAUUUGUAAUUAACACUAAAAUUAUUUUUUUUUACAUUAUCAGUGGUAAUAACCCUACAGAGUCAGUACAGCAUAUAUUUUUCUGUUUCUUUUCAGUUCUUUUUAUCUGUGAACCUUUUUUUUAUAAUAUGACUGUUCCUCUCUCCAUAUUAUUAUGCCUCUUUUCUAUUGUAACAUCUCAAAAAUUAAUUAUAAAGACUACAUCCUUUGGUUUAGCUUACUUUUUGGCAUUGUAUGUUUCCAGAUAUUUUUUUUUUAUAGAAACAAGAGCAAUAAUAUUACUAGCUUCAAAUAGGAUAAACAUUUGCAAAUUAAUGAAUGUAUAGAAAUAUUUUUUUUUGUUAACAUUUCAGCUUCUGUUAUAUAAAUAUAUAUUAGGGUGUGCUGUGGGAAGAGCUUCACAGCACUUGCAAAAACUAUCUCAUAGCAAGUUCUUAAGAGGUUAUUGAGAGUUUUAAAACAUUUUUGGUUAAGUUGACAAUAUUUGUAAUGAAUGUCUUGUAAACAGUCAAAUAUUCUUAUGAUGAUUCUCUGGUUAGGCACAGAUGCAUAUAUAUAUAUACAGGUUAUCUAAUAUAAAGGAAGUUGAGAAAAUAUUUGGAAGUGUAUUUGUAUGUGUUUGUUAUUGGAGAAAACAUCUUCAUUUAUUUAAUGUCCAAGCCAUGUAAGGCAGCAACAGUCUCACAUUCUUGUUUGCUAUAUGCCAACUAAUGCAUCAGAAUGUUUUCUCUGCUCACUGUAUAAAGUGUGAAUGCCAUAUCAUUCUUUUGUUAUCUCUGUGCCAUUGUAUGAACCUUUUUUUUAUAAUUACGAUAACACUUUCCAGUUACAGGAAAUAAAUUGGGUGUAAGAGCUGGGGAAAAAAAAGGUCAACUGGGAAUGCUGUAUUAAUUGUCUAGUGCUAACUGUGGUAGUCUGCAUUGCUUAUUAGUAUUAUACGGGUGAACACAUAAUUAAGGCUAUAAAUGGUUGAUAUCAUAUUCAGUGAAGUAUUCGGGUCAGGAAUUCAAACCCAGGUAUUCAUUUAUAAAAUUGCUUUCCAACAAUCAGUAUCUACAUCCUUUAGUUAGCAUUUGUCUUUAAUUAAUUUUUUUUAUAGAGUACAAUUAUUUAGUGUUUAUUGUCUCAGUACCAUUUAGCUUUGCAUUUGGAGCUCUACGUUUAUCCAUUUUCACAUUUACCUAGAUAGAACACUGUAGUAGGCAUAGGUGACUAAGGGUUAUAGGAUUGUUCUUUUCACAAUUCUGAACUUGAUCCUAUUACUUGUAAGCUUUUAUAUCACACAAAUCGCCCUUUUUAUUUGUAUUGCACUUCAAAAUUGAGUGUACAUAAAGAUUUAUUGUAUGAAAUCACUUGAAUUAGAACAUAUCCCUGAAUAGUGUCAUUAGAGCAGUAAAAAUAUCCUAUAGACUCUCUUUUAAAUUAUAAAAUACAGAGUAUUAAUGUUAUAGAUAAAAAGAAAUGGAUGCUUUUUCUUUCUCAUAAAUUUGAGGAAAGGCAUCAUUAAUCAUAUGAUGUGAUAUGAAAGGCUCAACUUUUCAGACCUUACCUUUUUUUUUAACAUAUUUGACAUCAAUUAAUUUUUUUACUUUUGCUGCAAGUGGCUUCCUCUGUCGCCAUUAGAAAGCCUCCUAACACUAAGGCUUCAUGAUGAGAUUCAUCUCUUGUAGCACAGUCCAGGUAUCUGGCAGUGCACCUCAGGGUUCCCCUGUUUCCAUGCAAAGCAAGAUCCCCCGCAUGUGCCAGCCUUUGAGAGGUUGUAUGCAUGAAAGUGAGUCACAGUUCAUUCCUCAAUUCAAUCUUCAGUGUAUUCCAAAGCAUUUCUUACUCGUUCAUUUCAGCAACAUGGAUCUGAUCUACAAAUUUAUUGUCAUCUGCUCUAAGGAAUCUGGUCAUAGUACCUUGGACUUCACCCUUGGAACCAUACCUGUAAACCUUAAUGGAUCCUUCUGGUUGUUUAGCUUAGUUUACCUUACAGUGCUAUCUAGUGUUGAUGUAUAUCUUGUUUACCAUCAUAUCAAUCAACAUCUUCAGCACCUCUGGUAGUUUACUAAUGCUUGCUGUAGGUUGGAAAGCUGAGAUGGAUGUGAGAGCAUCUCUCUCCUGUUGGGGUGUUCGAGCUCUUGGGACAACCCCAACAUGCGUAAAGAUGCAAAUGCAUAAAGAAUGUCCUUUUAGUCCUGUCCACACCUAACCAUUUGCUUUGUUUGUAUUUCUCGUAUGUUAACAUAAUGGCUCUUUCCCAACUCAAAGUCAGAGGAGGUACAUCUGUCAUAAUUUCAGCAGAGGCAAUUGGUGUUCUAUGAAAUGUACCACAGAUUAUCUAUAUUGCUUGGUUCUGGACAGAAUGUAGCUUGCUAGAGAUGUUUGUGAAGCAUAGGAUUUUGCCAAGCAACUGUAUUCUGUCUGAGAUCUCACUGAAGCCCGGUAUAAUGUUCCCAGUGUCACUUUCAAUAUACUAUAAUAAUACAAUUGGGCCCCUGUAACUGAAAGCAUUGUAACAAUAUUAAUAUUGUUAUUUCUUUAAAUGUACAAAAUGUUCAUUCCAUGAAAACAGACUAACGCUGUACCACUGUUGCAGUCAUUCAUUCCCUAUUACAAAAUAGCUCAGAUAAUUUUACUUCAAAUGAUAAUGUUAUGAAAUGUUACAAUUAUUACAAUUUUUUUUUUCUAUAUUGCAAACUGUUAAUGUUUAAACUUAUGAAUAUACAUUUUGUUCUCAUAAAACAACAAUUGAUUAUCAAGUUUCAAAACAAACACUAAUUUUCAAAUGUCAUAAUGACCUGCUCAGCUGUAUAGUUUUUUUGUUAGUUAUUUUUAGUUCUGUGCCUGUCUACAUUAUCUUGUUACCUGCAAUGCUUUGGGAAAAAAUUAAAAGAACCUUGAAAUUAUGAAAUAAAUAAAAACUAGAAAUUAUUAAUUUUGUUUUACUACUGAGAUUUUUCUAAAUUUUGUUUGCCAUAUGGCUUUCUGGCAGAGUAGUAGGUUUUUGAACUAAAUUUUGGAGAUCCAUUUUGUUUUAUUUGGGAUUUUAUAACUUCUCCAAGUCCACUCAGUUGUAAGAGAUACCUAGCAACUGUUAGGUAAAAUUGUAGUCUAUUUGAUACCUUUGUGAAAUUUUGCCUUAAAAAACUGUCAACACCUUAGACCUUAGGCUACCUUUACUUUAAAAUAGCUAUCAGGCAAUGAAUGAAAUGUAGAUUUAGUGAACAUAUAUUUCCAUUUUUUUAUAUUUUUGCCCUUACCAUAUAGUGACACAAAAGUUGUGGAAUUAACUUUGGACUACCAUUAACAAUUCUGAUAAUAUUGAAAUUAUCUUAUGUGUUCAAAAAAGCAUUUAUCUGAAGAGAAAGACUAUUGCACCAAAUACGAAACUAAUUGAAGAUAAGUUUUUAAUAUUGCAUAGUAUAAACACACAAUUGGUACUUUGAUUGAGCCUUGAUAUUAUCCACAGUGUAUUAGUUAGUCUUUUGAACUAUAAUUUAUCUUUUAAAAACUGUAUGUUAAGGAAUAAAUUAAUCUACGGAGAAAUGUUUCAUAUGUUAUACAAUUAACUCGAUUCACUUCUUUCUCUGCUGUCUUAUGUUUUUCCCUAUCAUCACAGUAUUUUAAAACAAGCUUACAUUUUGGUCUCCUUCCUGUAGAACUUACUUUUUUUUUCUCCCUUCUGUACUACUCACUUUUUUCUUCCUUCUGUACAACUCAUUUUUUCUCCCUUCUGUACAACUCAUUUUUUCUUCCUUCUGUACAACUCACUUUUUUCUUCCUUCUGUACAACUCACUUUUUUCUACCUUCUGUACAACUCAUUUUUUUCUCACUACUCUACAACUCACUUUUUUCUCCCUUCUGUACAAUAUGCUGAAACUGAUUAUGUCUUUUUACAAUAUAUUCUCUAUGAUGAACUUGACUAAGUUGUAAAAAAAAAAAAGGUUUAUUUUUGUGGGACAUAAUGGCUGAAUGAAGCCUUCAAAUAUUUGUAUAUAUUAUUCUAUAUGUAUGUAUUCAAAGUAUGAAAAUGUGAUUAAAUAAUAUAGAGGUGUAUUUUUUUUCCCAACAUUUGUAUAUUGAGUGUAGAAUGGGAGUUGAUGCAUAAGUAGAGUUUAUUUAUCUUGUGUUUUCUGUGGUAUUUCAUUAGCUCAUACUGAGCUGAAAAUCAGAACUUUCAUAUUUUGUGUAAACAGAUAAUGUGGUGAAAACCAACAUUUUUUAAUGCAUUUGUGGGACCUUAAUAAUUUUAAUAAACAUAUUUUUAUGAUUAUGUUCUUA